UUUUCUCUGUUCUUCCAGAUGUAUUGCGUAUUUUUAACAUAACAGUGCAUUCUGCCAUUAAGCUGGGCAAUAGGGGGAACAGAUCAGUUCGGUUUCAAAGAAAUUUGAAACCUUGGUCAAAUUUGCUUCAAAAUAAUUAUUAACUUCUUUAAAAAAAAAGAAAAGAAAGUAAUUCACAUGCAUUUCUCUUUAAUUAAUAGAAUGAAAUUUCAGCUGUGUCUCUAAAUGACCAUGAGCACUUUGCUUUGCCCUGUGAUGGACUAGUGACCUGUCCAGACUGUACCCCACCUCUUGUCCAUACCCGCUGGAUCUUCCCCGUGACCCUGCAAGGACAAGAUUACUUCGGAACGGAUUACUUCAGCAAUAAAAGAAAAAUAAUAAUAAAUUAACAUAUUGAACAAAUUCUUGACAGCUACUUCAUUCUCACCAUUGCUCGUGUCAUUUGGCUGGCCAUGGUGGAGUUUGAACAUACGCUGCUGUAAAUGCCUUGCUGUGCAUAACCGUUGAAAGGGCACACGUACCCGGACCUCCUUGCAGAUUGUGAAGUCAUGCCGUUUUUGGAGUUCGUAGCUGGGAGCAUUUCAGGUGCAGUGGGAAUCGCAGUGGGACAUCCGUUGGACACAGUGAAGGUGCGUCUGCAAGCCAAGUCUGUGUAUAAAGGGAUAUUUGACUGUGUGACCAAGACAUACUUGAACGAAGGAUUCCACGGAUUCUUCAAGGGCAUGUCCUUCCCUGUUUUGACCACUGGCCUUGUCAACUCCAUUGUCUUUGGCUCCUACAGUAAUGCUUUAGAUUACCUCUCUCAGUCUGAUCGUCGUCUCACCAGCCACCGCAAACAAGUGUCUUCACUACAAGUCUUUACUGCGGGUUGCUUUUCAGGCAUGGUGCAGGUGCUGGUUUGUGCCCCGAUUGAUCUGGUGAAGGUGCGUCUGCAGGGUCAAACAACGGCCGAGCGGUACCGUGGACCCAUACACUGUGUGGCAGUCAUACUCCAACAGGAGGGGGUCAGGGGUCUCUAUAGAGGAGGGGCGGCUCUGGCUCUGAGGGACGUACCAUGCUACGGACUCUAUUUCCUGCCUUAUGAGCUCAUUCGUAAGGCCCUGACUGAGACCGGAGAAGAGCCAGGUACCUUUGCCAUACUGAUGGCAGGAGGCGUGGCAGGUGUGGUGACCUGGGCAUGUGCCACGCCCAUGGACGUCGUGAAAGCUCGGCUCCAGAUGUCUGGAGCCGGUGGUCAGCAGUACAGCGGGGUCCUGCACUGCAUGAGAGUGAGCUUGAAGGAGGAAGGAGUCAGAGUCUUCUUCAAAGGCCUCCUGCUGAACAGCGUCAGGGCGUUCCCCGUCAACGCCGUGACCUUCCUGACCUACGAGAGUCUGCUGAAGAGCUUCUGUCCAUCAGGCAAAUAGGAAAAACUAUUUUCAGUGAAUAAGCGCCAAAGGACGCAAGGAAGUUAACGCUACGUCUGAUAUUUUCAAGGUGAUAUUGCAAAGAGAUGCAAAAAUCUGUCCACAGAUCAAGGCUAAAACAGCCAAAGUUUGUCGUUAUAUGAGGUAAUGUAUGCUCUGAUAAAAGAUAAACAAAGCUAAGCAGCUUUAUACCUCAAUACCUCAGUAACACAACAGAGAAUCCAAUAUUUUUACUGUAGAAAGUGUUCCAUGUUGCAGAUGUGCAAAUACUCUUACUUUCAACAGCAAAACCUAUUAUUACCUAACUCUUAGGUUAGAUGGUCAAGUAUUAAAAAAAAAAGUAAAACGAAGCCGUCACAGCAAAAGUAGCAAAACUAAAAAUGACACCCUUCGUUCCAAAGUAUGUGCACUGUACAAAUGAGGGGCAUAAUCAUCACAGAUAGGCUUAUUUUAUAGACAUGACUGGACUCGGUGUUUCAUUUAUUGUUCUUAAUUUCUUCAAGUUUUUGAGCCAUGUAAAAUGUCUUUUAGAUUCACAUACAUGAAUUAUUUGGCUUUGCCAAGUCCUUUGGUAGCUACAAAUGUGAAUCUUUAAAGAUUUAUGUUGUUACCACACAUCUACCUCAAAGAUGCUAGUUCGCCACUCGUCUUGCAGAUUUGGAUGAUCUGUUAAGGCCAAUCCUAAUCCCAGGACGUUUGAAAUGUUUUGAAUUAUUCUGCUUGUUUGCUUAUGAUAAGUGUUGUUAUCUGACCCUGAAGGUUUUAUUGCAAGCUGUCAACAUGUAAGAUCCGAAUUUAUGCGUUAAACUAGUUUUAGACUUUAAAAGCCGAUGAGUUUUGCCUUGAAACAGGUCACCAAUGCGAAACACGUUUUUUCUGCACACAACUUUCAAAUACACUUUAUGCUGUAUGUACUGUAAUUCUCAAAAAUAAUAAAGAACUGUAUUAAAAGGGUUACUAUUA